CACGAUUCACUAUCAAUAGUCUCUGUUUGUGCUGCUCAGUCUUCUUCCCAAAACCCUUCACCGCUAUCCAUCUCACCUUCUCUUGGACCCUUCAGAUCUGUUGGGACCCGGUGUUGCAUCAUGUUGUCCCGUGUGCUGGUGCUUCUUUGGCUGUGUAUCUCUACAGGCUUGGCCGCCACGCUCAUCCAGGCCGCAGUGGACUCGACAGCUGAUGGGUCUGUUUUACCUGAAGCUCAGGCGGAUGAGACACCAAAUGUGGAGUUUCAGCCAGAAGACAUCCUAAAGGAAGAUGCCCUUGCUGGGGAGAAACCAGCAGAGACUCAAAGUGCCACUGAAGAGUCUGAGGACGAUUCAUACUGGGGGCUGAACUCAAUCCGAGGAAGCUUCCAGUCAGUAAAUAGUUAUUUUGACUCAGUACUGGAGUUGAUGGGAGGACGGGAUGGUGUGUGUCAGUACCGCUGUAGAUAUGGUAAAGCUCCUCAGCCUCGUCCUGGCUACCAGAUGCCUGAACCUGACGGCUGUAGCACCUCGCUGCUUGGCUUCCAGGUACCAAACAGUUUUGAUGUGGGUGUUCCAGCCAUGACUAAGUGCUGUAACCAGUUAGACAUUUGCUACGACACCUGCGGUUCGAACAAGUACCGCUGUGACACAAAGUUUCGCUGGUGCCUUCACAGCAUCUGUGGUGAUCUCAAGAAGAGUCUGGGCUUAGUUGCAAAGGUUCAAGCAUGCGAGACCUUUGCUGACACCAUGUAUAACACAGUGUGGACUUUGGGCUGCAGACCCUUCAUGAACAGCCAGAGGGCAGCGUGCUAUUGUGAAGGAGAAGAGAAAGAUGAGCUGUAGACAUUUGCACAUCAUCUUUAACACCUGUGAACACUCUUCAUGUGUUUACAACACUGACUCCACGGCAGAGAUCAGCAGUGUUCAAAUUGAGGGGGGGCUGGGGUGGUCCUGGACCUCCUAUAAGCGUUGAGGGAAACCCUAUAAGCACAGAAAUAUAAAUGGGGGGCUGGUUUUUAUUCAAAUUAAAAUACUACAUGAAUUUAAAAAUUCUGGUGUUGAGGUGCCACAAAGUGAUACUGUCCAUUAUUUGUCCCAAUUUCGCAAUAAACUAAUCCAAACGAUUUCACACUAAUUUGAGAGGUAAAAAUGGUUAGGGUUUGAAUUAAGGGUCAUUUGAGGUUUCUUUGAUUAAAACAUUGAUCCAGGAUCAACAUUGUAAUCCUGGGGGGCUUGGCCAGGGGGAUGAGGCUUGAUUAGGGGACCCCCAUAGUCUUUAACAAUUCGAACACUGGGGAUCAGUAAAUUUCACAAAAACACUUCCAGUUCACAUUUAAAUAUAUAAAAUAUAUUUAUUACAAGCCAAAAUACACUCACCUAAAGGAUUAUUAGGAACACCAUACUAAUACUGUGUUUGACCCCUUUCGCCUUCAGAACUGCCUUAAUUCUACGUGGCAUUGAUUCAACAAGGAUAGCGUCUUGCAGUUGAUGGAGAUUUGUGGGAUGCACAUACAGGGCACAAAGCUCCCGUUUCACCACAUCCCAAAGAUGCUCUAUUGGGUUGAGAUCUGGUGAGAUCUUAGUACAGUGAAUUCAUUGUCCAUGUUCAAGAAACCAAUUUUGAAAUAAUUCGAGUUUUGUGAUAUGGUGCAUUAUCCUGCUGGAAGGAGCCAUCAGAGGAUGGGUACAUGGUGGUCAUAAAGGGAUGGACAUGGUCAGAAACAAUGCUCAGGCAGGCCGUGCCAUUUAAACGAUCCUCAAUUGGCACUAAGAGCCUAAAGUGUGCCAAGAAAACAUCCCCCACACCAUAACACUAUUGCAUUAAUGAGAAAUUGAACAGGUGUUCCUAAUAAUCCUUUAGGUGAGGGUAUUUUCACCCCAGUUUGCAUUAUGAUUGUCAUUUGAUUUUUAUUACUGAUGGGGUUAUAAUAUUAAAAUGGAGUUUUCGUGUUUUUUUUUUUUUAAGAAAUCGCAUGAAGUAGAAUUUAAAUAAUAUUUCAGUAUUUUUUUUAAUUGAGAAUUCGAGUGGAGGUGUCACAUACUGUAAACCAUUUUUUUUUUUACUUUUUAUGGCAGGGACCCUCACAUAUGAUGAAACUUUAGCGAGGAACCCCUUUCCUUAAAUAUAUAUCAUAUAUUUUACAAAUAAACAUUUAAACUGUGAUAGAUAAAUAGUAAUGAGAUAUUAUAAAGAAAGCAAAUUGUUUACAAACUUAAAUAAUUGGCUACACAUAGACUUCACAAUUUGUCGUUUUUCUCUUGAAAUUUUUUUGGGGGGCCCUAUUCGAAAACCCCUGACAUAAACAAUGCCUCAAUGCAAUGAAAUCUGUUUUUAUUUUCAUUUCCAUAAUACAGUAUAUACUAUUUUCUUUGGUUUGAUUUUAUGUGAAAUGUGAUAUUGGGUGAGAUUCACCCACUAAUGUGUGGACUAGUGCUGAUGGAUCAGUUUAAGUAAAACAAAGGAAUUUGAUAUGUUUGGAUGAAAGUGCAUAUUUGUAGCUACUUUAUCACUGUGUGCCGUUUCUUCCUAUGAGAGGAUAAAAUACCCAGUCCAAGUUACAUGAACAUGGGUACAAAGCUGACAUCAUUACAGUAAAACAUCCAGUGAAUAGAUGCUGUCGGCAUGACUUUUGCUGUAAGUUGUUGAAGAUUAGGAUAGUGAUAUUUAUAAACAAAACACAGGGAUGUUCAGGAAACAAUAUGCUGUAAAAUAAAACUCAUCUGAGCCAAAUGCUUAUUUUUAUUUUGAAUUUUAUUUAAACUCAAAUUCAUAUUUAAUCUGUCUGAACCUUAGCAAUGCAAAGGUUGUUUAUUACACUGUGAAAGACAAUAAAAUGACAUGAUGCCUGUGACAAAUAAAACUAUUGUAUUACUG